AUUCUGUAAAUUCCGUUAAACGCUGGUUUAUGUGUUUGGAGUUUUGAAACUUAAAGACUCUCCAAAUACCACUAGUAUUUAUCAAAUCGGUAAUUAUCACUGGGACUCCCACUUUACAUACUGCAAUCGAAGUCGUUUAAACACAAUGGCGGAGGAAAUGCCCCAAUUCAAACUCCUUUUGGUCGGAGAUGGAGGUGUAGGAAAGACAACUCUGGUCAAGAGGCACUUGACUGGAGAGUUUGAGAAGAAGUAUAUACCAACCCUUGGUGUCGAGGUCCACCCACUCAAAUUCAGGACAAACUGUGGAGGAAUUCAGUUCAACGCCUGGGAUACCGCUGGCCAGGAAAAGUACGGUGGACUCCGCGAUGGAUACUAUAUCAAGGGAGAGUGCGCUAUCAUCAUGUUCGACGUUACCAGCCGUAUCACAUACAGAAACGUCCCAAACUGGCAUAGAGAUAUAGUACGUGUCUGCGAAAAUAUCCCAAUGGUAUUGGUUGGAAACAAGGCUGAUGUCAAGGAACGUCAAGUGAAGGCCGGACAUAUUCAAUUUCACAGAAAGAGAAAUUUGCAAUAUUAUGAUUUAUCAGCUCGUUCAAACUAUAAUUUCGAGCGCCCAUUCUUGUGGUUGGCAAGACGUUUGUUGAAUAAGCCACAACUAGUGUUUGUUGGUGAAUGCGCCAAAGCUCCAGAAAUCAUGAUUGAUCCAUUGUUGGUUCAACAAUCUGAAAAGGACUUGGAAGCAGCUGCAAACGUUGCCAUUGAUGACGACGGCGACCUUUAAUCAUCGUCAGCACCGUUCGAAUAUACGAUGCAGCACAUUUAGAUUUGCGAGCUUAAUGUAUGAUCCAUUUUUGAUCAAC